CGGUGGGACUGGUGGGAAUGAGCAGGAUAAGUGGUGAGAGAACAGGUGAUAAAAGGCCAUACGUGGACCGGCAGGACGUUCGUUCGGUACCAGAAAUGCUGGUGUCCACCGACGAGCAGACAAAUGGAAAGCCGGACUUCAUCUUUCCCGCCGACAUAAACCUGCGUGAGUGCAGCGUCGUUAUUAUAGGAAGCACAUGUCAAAUAUGCGGCAGAGAUUUCAAGUGUAUAACUGACGUUGCUUUGCACGCGCAAUGGCGACACAGCCGGAUCGACAGUGUGUUAAACGGUGAUCUUAAUCUUGAUCACGACGAUCAUCAUCAUGAGAACUGUUAUCACGAACAGCAACAUGACAGCCGUGACGAUCCUACCAACCAGAAAUGCGACGUAUGCGACGAGCAGUUGGAUACCACGGACUUGAAGUCUUACGAGGGACAGAUGAACAAGAAGCAAAUACAAGAAGAAGAGGAGACGGAUCGCAAAUUCCGUCUGAUAAUCAAAAUCGCUGGUGUGACAAUGACGGAAAUAUUGCUUAGCCGGAAGUACUUAAAGGCAGAUAGCGGUGAAUAUUUCUCCGACGCCGAUACGCAAAGUGAGUCGCACGAGAAUGAGAAACGUCAAGAUGACUACGGUAUGAAUAUCGAUUUGUCUCUCGCGACGGGCCGUGUUGUGGGUAAUAGCGGUAUACAAUGUGCACGGCCCCAUAAAACUACAGAUCGAUAUAAUGAAAGCAAAUUGGCGGCUAUUCAAGGGAACGCGAUAGCGCGUCCCACAGGUGUGUCCGAGAAUAGUCCUAUUGACAUAUCAAAUACGCCGGACAGAAAUGCGACCUUCGGCAUGCACGACGGCUUGUGCGCAAGUCACAGAUAUCAUUGUGAGAUCGCUUCAUCGCAGACUCAUCCGAGCACGGAGGACACGUUCGCCGGAAAUCUUGUUGACACGAUAGAUGUUUGUGAUAACGACGAAAGCUGCUCACCAAAGAGAAACGAACGAGAGAGUGGGAGGAACACGAAUCCAGCAGCGGAAGUCCAGACCUCGAGUCUGGAACGUCCGGAACAUCGGCAUUUGUAUCGUCAGAAUAAUUCUUCGCUGUAUCAUUCUAGGGAAUCCGUUAUUUGCCAACAAAACAGGCCAACUGAAGCAACAGUUAUUGCCAGACUAAAUCCCUCGUCCAGCGAUAAUUCUCCAGUCUGGUCUAAUAAAAUUACGAGCAGUAGAACAAUUGAUACGUCAACAGACCCUUCGACGGAACCUAUAGAAAUAAUUAUUGAUAACGAUAGCGAUGACAACUGCGAUGAAGACAUGACGCAGCGUCCAACCGCCCGUUCAACUCAGGUAGCAAGACCGAGGACGGAGAAUGAAAAUGAAACCGCGGUUCAUUCGAAGGUCGGGCCGGUCGUCGACGACGAGGUGCAAGAAGUACUACGAAUUACUAGGGGAAAAGUGCAAGACGACAUUAAUCACGAAUCGCCGAAUCGUACGGAAAGAGAGAUAUUGGUACAAAGCGCGCUCGGGCAAAUGUGCAUGGCUUCCAGAGAGCAGCCAGAGAUUAUUUAUCCGGAUAAGAACGAUGCCAUACUUGUUGUGAAUAACAUCGAUUCGCGCGGUUGUUCACCGUGCGUGGCCAUCGUCGAUGAUGAUGAUGAUUAUCAAUUUCCGACGAACGUGAAUAAACGGCACAUAACCGCGUUUAUGUGCGAGGCGUACAAUAAGAAAGUAAUUUGUUGGAAUCGGCUGCAACAUUACGGUAUGGGAUACUACAAUAACCUACCGGAAAUCAACAACAACGGCUAGGAAGAAUACGCAGGGCGUAUGAAAGGCUUUUCGUACUACUACUGCUACCGACAGCAGGGCUGUAAUGUAGCGGAUCGGAUCCUAAUGACAAUGCAGCGACUGUUGUCAGCCGCUUCAGAGAUUGAUUAGGCGUGUGUAAUAUAGCAAGAACUUACUGUUAAAUGGUAUUUCACGCGACGUCUGUAAGUCGUGAACUCGUUCAAGGCCAAAUCGAUAAAUGUGCCAAUAUUUGUGUCCUUUCGUUUUUUUUAUUUUAAUUACUAGAAUUUAUAGAUACAUGUAUAUCUUUUCUGCGUGCAACUACGAAAUCAAAUUUGUGAAGGGUUCCAAAUUUACGAAGGAAAUUUUAUUUUUUUGUUCUAUUUGUAACAAACGGUACUCGACUAAGAAGUGUUAUGGUUGUGCAGUUUAAUUUUUGAUAAGGCCAUAACAUUUAACGUGAUAUUUAACGAAGCCAAAAUCCGCUACUCUUUCUAUUACUUUCAUUGUAUAUAGACUGGUACGAUAUGAUAUAGUGUAUCAAAAAAACAUUAGCAAAAAAACAUUAAUUGAAUAACAGUCCCGAUAUAUAUUAAUGUUUAUUUAAGUUGCAAACGAUUAGAAAGACCGGUGAGUUUUGGCUUAGUAAAUGUUAAGGUUUUAUUGAAGCUACAACAGAGAUGUGGAAUGUAAAUAAUUACCUGUCAAUUCCAAAAGAAGUUUCCUUCUAUUAUGAAAUAAAUAGAUAAAAGGAUAUAUGUAUAUUUGUGCACGCGCCCUUAUGCGUGCUAUAAUGAUGCUGUAACGAAGUUAUAUCAUAUAUGUGAUAUAUAUGUGCUCUCAGAAGUAUAGAAACACUUCCUGUAUGAUGAGAGUUAGAGUCCACUAACAUGUUUCGGAUGAUGUGAUGUUUCAAUAACUUAUAAUAAUCGUUAACGUCAAUUAACGUUAAAGAACGUCGUUGUUAACUCUUUUUCUUUAUGAGUGUCUCCCAAAUGUAAAUAAAACAUUUGGAAUUUCAUUUCUACUGAA